GUCACAAGAGGAAAAACGUCGAAUGUUUAAUAUUGUUCUGUAGCACAAUUAUGGCAUAAGGAAUGAUCAUUUACAGCGUAAAAUUUGCGUUCUUAAUUGUGAAGAAAUUUUAUAAAAAAAGACUAGGUACUGGACUUUGAAUAACUAUAAAAACUUAACAUGUGUUUCAGUGCUAUUGUAAUUGACUUAAGUCACGAUCGAUAGAUCAAGUUUUUUACCUUUCCGCGUUCCCACUAUCUUUAAGUCUUGGAAGAAUUGCAAAGUAUCGCUUAUAUCCAUUGUUGGUUUGUUUUUAGAUUUUACGGUUAAUAGAAAUAAUUAAUUACGAAAUGAAGACGAAAAAGUUUACAAAAAUUUAAAAAAAAAGUUACAAAUAAUACAUCUUUUUGACUUUGACUUUGACUUUGACGUUAAAGUUAAUAAACUUGAAAAAAAAUAACGGUCUAUUACGACGUUAAAAAUAUUGUAAGUUGGUACUAAACGUAAAGUUACAGCGCUACUUUUGCUUUCAUUUCACUUCCUAUGCCUAUUUUUACCUUACUCAUUUAUCUAAUUUUAGUGAGAAUAAUAGGAGCGAUAAUUCUUAUUCUUUCUCUUACCUAAGGCGUCCUUAUCUUCGGGAAGAAUGUAUUUUUCGGAUAUCUAUCUUUUUUCAAUUUCGCCAAGUUGUCUUUGAUAUUCGGUCAACAGAACAGAUCCUUUCGAAUUAGAGAAACCUAUUUGUUGAAUGGGAAGUUAUCGCUUUCCACGGAGGCAAAAAGAAUGUGUUUGAGGGGGCGGGGAAGCGUCACGUAAGGGUGCGCGUCCCUCGUUGAAACGACGCCGACCGACGUAGGGUGCAGUGUGCGUCGAUUGCGCGCCCUUUAAACAUCGAAUUUUGCGAGUUGUUUCCAAGUCUCUUAGUUCCGGUGUGAAAUUGUUCAAAUAAAUUUUUUAAAAUGUGCCCUCAGUGACCAAUCUAUUGGUUGAAAUCGACCUGAUGGUGGCACUUAAGAAUAAAAGUCUUUUCUUUGCCAUAAAAGCUGGCGACUCAGUGAAGUACGGAAAUAAAUGCAAACGUAACUGGGACACAACAACUAAACAAAAUGACCACUGAAACUGUCUGCACCGGAUAUGAAGCCCAGCAGUAUUUUUUGGAUAACCUGUUGUGCCAUUUUGCUUUCCAUGACCAAAAAGUCCAAAACAGCAGUGUCGGGUGGUUUUAUACCAGGUAUAAGCGACGUCCACAUGUUAUCUUCGCACGUGGUAUUAGGCGGAGACUUUGUUGUUGAAAUCAUUUCGUCCUCCUUCUCCCCGCUUGUUCUGGAACUCUCGCAUCUGGAGGGCGAAUCGACAAAAAUCCUUACCUCUCUAAACGUUUACCCGGAGGCUAGAGCCCUUUCCCUUAACAAAACAACCGUCAAAGUAGCAUGUGGCUACUUCAUUAAGGGAGGACAAUAUUAUGUUACGCUAAAACCGCAACCACCAAGGAGAAUGGGUAAUGGGACAGUAAAGAAUGUGAUUAAUUCAAAAGAGGUACCGACUGUAAUCAAACCGCUGGACGUCCGAUGGCCUACACCGCAACUCAAAAUAACUCCUGAAUACGUACAAACAUAUCCCCAAAAACCUGUAAGGGCCAUUAUAGAGUUUCCCGAAGUUAAGUGCUCACCGGUACAGGAAGAAGUGAAUUUUGUACCGGAAUUUUGGCUAGAACUGUACUAUUGUGGUCAUUCCUUAAUUGAAUGUGGAGAAAAGACAUUAGGAGACAACAAAACUCAGGCUAUUUACAGAGAACAGGUGAGAGGUUUCUCAGAACACCAUAUGCUUGUCCUGCGGUGCGAAUUAUUUGGGGUGGCAGGUCACUAUGUUUUCACCCUUCGUCCCUCGCAACUUACGCCAUCAUUUCCUAUGAUAUCUGCUUACCUCCAGGCUGAUUGGAGCGACCAAUUUGUCUUCAACGUGCACGCUCGCAGUAUUAUUCCUUGCGACAGCCACAGCACCGGCAUCCGAGUCCUUUUCGAAUAUCCUUCUUGCAUCCUGGAGAAAGGAGAUCGUAUUCGGCUGUUUGGAAGAUUGAGAGCCAAUGUCACUUCGAUAAAUCCGCCGACGUCAUUGGUAUACAUUGCGGAACAAUGGAUCAAAAGGGGGGAACAUCGUUUGGAUUUCAACUGCGACCUCUUUACCGAAAAAUACGUGGAAUACUGUUUUGUGUACGUCAGUCAAGCCAUAACGGGAGCGGUUUCUAAUGUCCGAGAAGACUGUGUGCCAACAUUCCCCGUAUCAGAAUCGGAAAGUGGAGGUUGGGGUCCAUGGACUCCCUGGACCCAGUGCACGAGUACCUGCAUAGGGGGCGUUAGAACUCGUUACCGAUUCUGUAACUCGCCACCACCACGAUAUGGGGCAAAGUUUUGUGAGGGCCCAGCUGUACAGACCGAGAAGUGUUAUAUUGAUUCCGAAGAAGCCGUGGAAUGCUGGUAUGGCGAUAUCAAAAGCGAAAUACCGAACAUUCCGCAGAUAAGAGAGGAAGUUGGUACUCACUGUCGUUGUGGCUGUUUUGUACACCUGGGGAAGGCGAAAAGUCAACGAUUUCUGGAAGCUUCAUCGCAAAGUUGCCCCGGCAAAAACUUCUGGCAAAUACAGGCUGACGAAAAUUGUAUCAUAGAAUUGAGAAUAAAACACGUACGACUUCUUUGCGAUUCCCAGUACUUGAAGAUAAGAGACGGCACAGCGUUAUCAUCAAACCUUAUCGCAUACUUUACUGAUACUACAAGUUCUUCACCUCCUGUUGUCAACUCUUCAGGGUCGAAUCUUCUAUUGGAGUUCUACACUAGCGCUAGAGUCGCUAGGGAACCAACAUGCAAUGGGCGGUUUCUAGUGCAAGCGGUUCAACUUGAAGCUUCCUUAUCGGAUAAUAAACGGACCGACGUUGCCCAACACGUCGGUUUCCUAGCUGUAAGGGUAUUAAAAUUGACGGCAGUGCACAUUGCAGCGAUAUUCCUUUUAAGCGGAUUACUUUUCGCUACUUUCUUAUUGGGCAUUCAGUACAUGAUCCGAUAUAGGAAAUACCAAAUUGCCAAGUCGGACGAUCAAGACUCGCUGACCGAUCCCUCAGGGUCAGCGACGAACUUUGCGGCCGGUACUAGAGUUCCUUCAAGUAAUACACUCAUAUCCGAAGUUAUUUCGUUAACUAAACUACGUACGAAUAUCACCUCCAGGAACAAACAUAUCAGACUUAGAGAAUCGAUGGAUUGCGAAACGUUUCAUGAAACUGAAGUUACGCUAGCUAAAGGAGAAGAUUCCUUAAGUGAUAGUAGUACGUUAACAUUGGCUCAGGAAGAGACCACAACCACUGGUCUUCCUCAAACAUCCACGGUCAGUGAGAUGGAAGAAGCGACAGUAAGUCUUCCGGUGUCUCCAAAUUUAGAAGACUCCAAGGUGCUGACGCGAUCGUCUACCAUGACCAUUAAGAGUUCUUCGGAAAAGGAUAACACAAAGGAAAAAGAAGAGAAACCUACCACCAGACUGGAUAAAGCAAAAGUAUUGAGAAGACUUAGUAAUGUCAGUGCAAAUGGUUUAACAAAAGUGAGCGUUCUUGCGAAGACGCUUUCUAAAAGUGAUCCGGGUUGCUACUCUCCUGCAUUGAGCAAUACGAGCAGAGCAAAAAUCAGACAUACAAACGAGAAGGAAAGCAAGGAAAAGCAAAAUAGGGAGAAGCUCCUUGCAGGACCUCUCGGUUCAGAGUUCUCCAUAGCUGGCCAGGAAACUGAUCUGGAAUUGGAUUAUUACGACUACAAUGUGACCAACGCAGGAGCAGCACCAGGUUCGUAUUUAGGAAUGGAUCCUGCUUUCCUGGUGUGGAUUCCACCUUUGGACGAAUCUGGUGAGAUUUUGAAAGAGUUGGAGGAGACCACAGCGAAAAAUAAAAUAUUCGUUGAUCCAGGAAGUAACCAGGAAUCGCCGGAUGAGAUAACUGCUACCCUUAGGAGAAGAUCUAAUCUAAACGUCAUGGCCCCGGUCCACACCACCACAAUCAAAAAUGGCAAACACGUGGAUUCCAAUAUACUGAGUGAAUGUAAUCCAAAAUUAAAUGACAAACAGAAAAGAAUUAAGCGACAUAGCAUCUCUAAAGAAGCGCCGCAAUUUAUUGAACUUUCUAAUUUGAAAAAGUCCCGCAGGACAUCAUCAGGAGACGUGUCAUCAGUAUUGGAAGAGAAAGAGACAAAACUAGAAAAGUUUGUUAACUCCGAUAGUAAUAUUUUAAACGAAAUCAAGUAUGCUGACGAUGAUUAAGAAUUUUUACAAUUUCUGUUCACAUUUAUAUAUUUCAUUUAAGCUGUCCCCCAGUUUUCGUUUCUUUGGGACCAAAAGUCAAACAUUUCGACAUUUUACUCCAUAUCUUGCAUAAUAAUUGAAAAUUAAAACUCCGCUAAACUUUGAAAUGCAACAGUUAAAAAUAUUAAAAAUCUAAUUAAUUUUAUUGAUGGGUGCCAUCAUGGCCGAAACAGACGCUGUAGCCCAUAAAGUUUUGUUCUAUUCUGUUUCAAUUCCUAUAUUUCAAAGUGCCAUAAAACAAACUCAAACGGAUAAGAUGUGUAAUCAAAAUGUACGAAAGACUGCUCGUAAUUGUUUAUGUUAGAAACACUAUUAUUAUAGUAAUAAUGAUAUUAAUAAUAAUUGUUAUCUCUUGGGAUAAUUUAUUAGUUAAUCGUUUCCAGUGACGUUCCCCCAUUAUUUUUAUUAAACACCGAAAAGAGAGGACAAGGCAACCAUUUGUAAAUUAUUCAUAUAAGUAAAAAAAGCUUAGAGGAAAAUAUUAAAAAAAAAUUAUAAUUAUAUAAUAACCACUGACUUUUCCGUUUAUGUAAAUAAAGACUUCGACGUAUGUAUUUUUUCAUGUGUACAAUCUAGUCACCCUUCGCUUAAAUAGUGUUUUGGACGUAGCUUUAGCUCAAAAAUGUG